AUGAACCAGUGGACCUCAAUGGCAGCCCACGGCCAGGCACGCCGUCCUCACGCGCCACUCUUUUCAGGCGGUGCACGGCCUGUAUCACGCGAUUCAGAGGCGACCAUGGACAUGAGCGACAUGACAUCCAUACCAAUGGACGACAAGGACGAUCCAUUCACCGACUAUGGCGACGACCGGCCCGAGCUGCGCUCGCGUGAUUCCUACAUGACGGACGAUACCUACACAGAUGUAUACACAGCUGCAGAUGACGAGAAAGCCGAGCACUACGGGCCGGCUCCCGAUGGUGCACAAGCAAGACGAGGUGUCCGCGAUGCAGUCAUGACCAAGAAAGAAGUUCGCCUGAUCAACGGCGAACUCAUCCUCGAGUGCAAGAUCCCCACCAUCUUGUACAGUUUCCUUCCCCGCCGCGACGACAUCGAGUUCACCCACAUGAGAUAUACGGCCGUAACAUGCGAUCCUGACGACUUUGUAGACCGAGGAUACCAACUGCGCCAGAACAUUGGAAAUGCACGUGAAACAGAACUCUUCAUCUGCAUCACCAUGUACAACGAGAAUGAGAUUGACUUUACCAGAACUAUGCACGGCGUGAUGCAAAACAUCAGUCACUUUUGCUCCCGCAUGAAGUCACGAACGUGGGGAAAGGAUGGAUGGCAAAAGAUUGUGGUAUGCAUCAUUGCUGAUGGUCGAGGAAAGGUCCAUCCGCGCACACUCGACGCCAUUGCUGCCAUGGGAUGCUAUCAGGAGGGCAUUGCAAAGAAUCGCGUGAACCAGAAGGAGGUCACGGCUCACGUGUACGAGUACACUACCCAGGUGUCUCUAGAUUCAGAUCUCAAGUUCAAGGGUGCUGAAAAGGGCAUUGUUCCCUGCCAAAUGAUCUUUUGCUUGAAAGAGCGCAACUCCAAGAAACUCAACUCACAUCGUUGGUUCUUCAGCGCUUUUGGCCGAGCACUCAAUCCAAACGUCUGUAUUCUUCUCGAUGUCGGAACCAAGCCUGGUCCAAAAGCACUUUACCAUCUCUGGAAAGCGUUCGACACCGACUCGUCCGUUGCUGGAGCUGCAGGCGAAAUCAAAGCCGGUAAAGGCAAAGCCUGGCUUGGGCUGCUCAAUCCGCUUGUAGCGUCGCAAAACUUUGAAUACAAAAUGUCGAAUAUUCUGGACAAGCCCUUGGAGUCUGUUUUCGGGUACAUCACCGUAUUGCCAGGAGCGCUUUCGGCGUACCGCUACCAUGCGCUGCAAAACGAUCACACCGGUCAUGGUCCGCUGAGCCAGUACUUCAAGGGAGAGACACUACACGGGCAGGACGCCGAUGUGUUCACCGCCAACAUGUAUUUGGCUGAGGACCGUAUUUUGUGUUGGGAACUGGUGGCAAAACGCAGUGAGCAGUGGGUCUUGAAGUAUGUGAAAGCCGCUACUGGUGAGACAGAUGUGCCAGACACCGUACCUGAGUUCAUCUCUCAACGACGACGUUGGCUCAACGGUGCUUUCUUUGCCGCUGUAUACUCACUACUGCACUUCAAGCAGGUGUGGGCCACUGACCACACAAUCUGGCGAAAGAUCCUCCUUCACAUUGAAUUCGUUUAUCAAUUCGUCCAGCUCUUGUUCACCUUCUUUUCGCUUGCCAAUUUUUACCUGACGUUCUAUUUCGUUGCUGGUUCACUUGCGGAUCCAGAACUCGAUCCAUUCGGCCACAACAUUGGAAAAUACAUCUUCUACAUCUUGCGGUACACUUGCACGCUACUCAUCUGCAUGCAGUUCAUUCUCUCUAUGGGUAACCGACCGCAGGGUGCCAAAAAGAUGUUCUUUUGGAGCAUGGUUAUGUACGGUAUCAUCAUGGCCUAUACCACUUUCGCAUCCUUUUACAUUGUCAUUGUCCAGCUCAAGGAUCCGCAGGCGGAGAAAUCCAUUGGGAACAACGUCUUUACCAACUUGAUUAUUUCGACAGCCACGACAAUCGGUCUGUACUUCCUGAUGUCUUUCAUGUACCUGGAUCCCUGGCACAUGUUCACUUCGAGCGCGCAGUACUUUGCGCUCUUGCCCAGUUACAUCGCCACACUUCAAGUGUACGCUUUCUGCAAUACGCACGACAUCACUUGGGGUACCAAGGGAGACAACGUCGCCAAAACAGACUUGGGUGACGCCAGGGCCAAGAACGGAAACGUCGUCGAACUCGAAAUGCCAUCGGAGCAACUUGACAUUGACUCUGGCUAUGACGAAGCACUUCGCAAUCUUCGUGAUCGUGUCGAAGUUCCAGAGCCACCAGUUUCGGAAUCUCAACAACAGGAAGACUACUACAGAGCAGUGAGAACGUACAUGGUGGUCAUCUGGCUCAUCAGCAACGCUAUCCUCGCCAUGGCCGUGUCGGAGGCCUACUCUAAUCGCAAGGUGACCAACAACUUUUAUCUCACGUUUAUUCUGUGGUCUGUUGCAGGGUUGGCCUUUUUCCGCGCCAUUGGCUCCUCAACCUUCCUCAUUAUCAACUCGAUACAGGCCAUCAUGGAGACAAAACUCAAAUGGGAAGAUAAAAUGGAAGACAAGAAGACCUCGAGAACUGGGCUUGGUGGUGGGCGACGCAAGUUUGGCCGCUUCAGCCGAUUCGGCUGGGGUUGGGGCUGGGGCGGUGGCGGCACUGGGGAGGAAGUAGCGUUGGGCGAUGAGAAGACCGCUUUUGGUUAUGAGGUGGGAGCUAUCUUCCUCAUACGCCAACAAACAGACUUGUCAGUAGCCACGCCACAGAGCCAUACACCAUACCGCCCAGGCAGACCAAAAAAUCCCGCAAGCUCACAGCCCAUCGCCGUACCCCCGCCCCUCCACCAUUCCACCAUUUUCCAUCUCCGGCACCAAAGCAACAGCAACCGCAUACUCCCCAUCAUGACUAAUACUAACCUCACAAACCUGGCCUUCCAACGAGCCAAAAACCUCGUCACCAUCCACCCGCAAAUCCCCCUGCUCACCAUCAGACACAGCAGGUACGCGUGA